AUGUUCUUCCAGCUCCUAGUUCCCCUUGGGUUUCAGGCGUGUAUCGUCGCUUCUGCGGUCAUUUCAAGCCGUACGGGCCCCACCGUAACCCUCGACUCUGCGACGUUCACCGGGACAACCUCCGGGGUCGUCUCGAAAUUCUUGGGCAUCCCAUUCGCUCAACCUCCAACGGGAGACCGUCGUUUCCGGCUUCCAGAAACUCUCCCAGCGUACAAUGGGUCGUAUGAUGCAACCGACUUUGGACCAUCUUGUCCGCAGCAGGCGAUCAGACUGCCGAUUCUCACGGGGAUACCGGCAGAAGCUGUAGACUAUUUGGUUGACUCCAUCUACGAUGUUGUCCUUCCUGAUGACGAGGAUUGUCUAACCAUCAAUGUUCUGAAACCAGCUAAUGCAACUUCAAAUUCUAAGCUUCCCGUCAUCGCGCUCAGGCAACAUCUCGUCAGUGGAUUUUUGGAGGCAAGAUUAAUCGCCACUACGCAUGCUGCUCGAACAUUUCUGAUGGUAUCCUUAUCUCAAGGUGGCUUUGAGCUCGGUGGCACGGCUAUGUAUGAUGGCACAAGUAUUGUUACUCGGUCGAUCACGCUGGAUCAACCGGUCAUAUAUGUUUCGAUGAAUUACCGAGUUUCCGGAUUCGGUUUUCUUGCAGGUAAGGAAGUCAAGGAAGCUGCUGUUGGAAACCUCGGGCUCCAUGACCAACGAGAGGCCCUGAGGUGGAUCCAGAAAUAUAUAGCUACUUUUGGUGGGGAUCCUACAAAAGUGACGCUAUGGGGCGAAUCUGCAGGAGCUAUUUCAGCUGCAAUGCAUAUGAUUGCUUACGACGGAGACACGCAAGGUCUUUUCCACGCAGCGUUCAUGCAAUCAGGCUCUCCGAUCCCCGUUGGAGACCUUGAGGGAGGCCAGAAAUAUUACGAUGACAUCGUGGUUCAGACAGGCUGCUCUGGUUCCGAUGAUACGCUUGCUUGUUUGAGGACGGUCUCAUACGACACUCUGAAAGCAGCCAUCGACAAUUCGCCUUUCAUAUUUGACUACCAGUCAUUAAUAUUGGCGUGGCUACCUCGUGCUGACGGCGUACUUUUCUCCGAUAUUCCCCAGCGGCUCGUCCAACAAAGUAAAAUUGCUGAUGUUCCCAUAGUUAGCGGCGACUGUGAUGAUGAGGGAACCUUGUUUUCGUUAUCGUCGCUCAAUGUCACAACAGAUGCUGAAGUCGAGACAUAUCUUAAGACGGUGAUCUUCCCGAAUAUAACGGACCAAGACCUUGCCACGCUGCUCGAACUCUAUCCUGCCGAUCCUCUCGAAGGGUCUCCGUAUGAUACUGGACUACUGAAUAUUUUAACCCCCCAAUUCAAGAGGAUCGCAUCGUUCCAGGGCGAUGCAGUGUUCCAGGCGCCUAGAAGGUUUUUCCUUCAGAACCUCUCCGGAAAGCAGAAUAUAUGGGCAUUCUUAAGUAAGCGCUUCAAGAUCGUUCCAGUCUUGGGGGCCUUCCAUACUAGUGAUAUCCUCAAUGUUUAUUUCGGCGGAGAUAUGGCAGACUACCUCAUUCGUUUCGCAGCUACUCUAGACCCCGGUGGAAGCACUGGCAUUCAGUGGCCCCAGUGGACUAACAGCUCUCCCAAUCUACUCACGUUCAAUGAUGGUCUCUUGCCUUUAACCGUCACUCAAGACACGUUCCGCAGCGACGCAAUGAACGGCCUGUCAGAGAUCUUAUUGAGGAAUCCGAUUUGAUCUUGGCAAGGAUCUGAAUGAUACCACUUUACUUUUCUCAAUGAAUCUAACAUUCAUUCAUUAUGCUUAUUGAUAUUGAUCAUCAGAUAUGUACCGAUUGUGUAUAUAUUUCCAUCGUUCUAGGACGCAUAACCUUCUACUUACUAAAAACGAAAAAAUUUCAACAAAAGUAGUUAUGGCAGAUUUUCGUUUCGAACGUAACAUGAAUUCUAAAUUGUCAUCGUCAUCGUCUGCGCGAGUCGGCUUUUCCGAAGUAAAGGUGAUUGAAAGGCAUUCAAUGUACUGAAAAUCCCUGCGAGAAAAAAUUGAUUGAUA